GCCUCGGCCAUAGUAGGAUUCGUAAUUUCGAGUUCAGCGUGUUCAGGAUUAAGAAGUGCUCAAUUCUGCCAUUUAAGACCGGAAGUUUUCAAACACUAAAUAGUUUGUUGCACUUUAUCAGUUGGGCGGUGUUGGGACAUGACACUCUUUUCAGUUUAUACGGAGAAAGUGAUACUAUGAUUUCACUUUAAAAUGAGAGACAUGAUUUUCUUGAUAUUGCUGUUACUGAAUGUCACACUUGCUGCUAAAAUUCACUUGGAUUUGGCCUGGCUGCAAGGUUCAAUCAAAAACAGAUCAAGACGGGACAUAUCCUGUAGAGAGGGCCAAGCAUAUGCACAUGACAGCAUCUGCUGUCUGAACUGUCCAGCUGGAACAUAUGUGAAAAAAGCCUGCUUUAGUGAUUUAGAAAAAGGAGUGUGUGAACCAUGCGAGUUUGAUACAUACACGGAGCAUGGCAAUGGACUGCGUAUGUGUUUACCGUGCACCAAGUGCCGUCUAGUUGUUGUGUGCUGUUUGUGCACCUUCAUUCCUUCUGUAGAUCAGGAAACCACAGAGAAAUGCACAAGUACCCAGAACACACAUUGCAAAUGCAAACAGGGGUCAUUUUGUUUACCCGACCAAGCAUGUGAGGUGUGCAAGAAAUGCAGCAAAUGCAAAGAGGAUGAGGAGAUGGUAAAAAGCUGUACAGUCAGUUCCAACACUGUCUGUAGAAAGAGAAGCUCUAUGGGCAGCUCCAUCUCAGUGACAUUUAUUGUGGUUUUGCCACUAAUUCCAGUGAUGAUAUGUGUUGUGAGCAUCCUCUACUGGAAGUGGUCCAAACCAAGUAAAACAUCAAUAACAUCAAGAAGUCCAAGGAAAAUUGUUAAGAUCAAUAUGGGUGACAGAGAUGAGGAGAGAGAGAAGAGGCAGAAUGUCCACAACUCCAAGAUGGAUGAGUCCUCUCAGUUCCAGUCGUUCCUUGAGCAAAACUGUGUGGUGGGUACCCUGUCCCCUGCUUCAUUAGAGAUGGAGAAUGACAGGGGACUGGGAGACAGCCUCCCCAACACUGCCACUUCUUCACAGAUUAGCGUGGCCAUGUUUGCUGUGCCUGGUGACCUCCAGCCCAGCCAUGCUAACCAGCCUCCAUGCUCUGCACUCCCCUGGCAGCCUCACACUUCGGAUAGAGAGUCAUCAAGAAGACUCGUUCCUUUGAAUGGAGAAGAAUCGUUGAAGAAAACAUUUGAUCUCUUUGAAGAAAUGGAUGUCCAUUAUCAUAACAGAUUCUUCAGGCUUAUCGGGCUGAGUGAUAAUGUCAUCAAAAGUACAGAGUCUCUUUUUCCAGAAGACCGAGUUUACGAACUAUUAAAAAACUGGAUGGAAAAGGAGGGAAUGAAGGCAGAUUUCAACAACCUUAUUGAAGCAUUAACUUAUUUAGACCAAAGACUAUCAGCAGAAAACAUCAUUGCAAAGGCAAUUAGUAAUGGUUAUUUUAAAUAUGAAGAUGAGUGACAGGCAAAUUGUCACUCUCUCAAUGACUUCAAACAAAAAAGGUACUUUUGUGCAUGACUUCUGUAGUGUCAUUUCUCAACCAUUACCAAAAAGUAUUUCACUUACAUAAUAUUCAUUAUGUUGGCCAAUAUUGUGCAGACAUUUAGAGAAGGCAAAUAAUAUACAUUGUUUACAAAUAAUAGUAAAAAGAAGAUAUUUAAGGCUCUUUGUUUUGAAUUAAGUAACGUUACCAGUUGUAUUUUUGUGGCAUUCCCUCUUAUUUUGUAUGCAAAUAUUAUGACGCAAGAUCUUGAAUGAGAUGUCAGCACAUGUUGUGAUAUUUUGUGAACUAAUAAAGGCUGUUCGUUUUGUAAA